CCGGGAAAGGGGGGUCCCCAGGACAGGAGGGAACCCGGGGGGGGAUCCCGGGGAAGGGGGGUCCCCAGGACAGGAGCGAGCUGGGGAAGGGUUCAAGGUGCAGGAGGGGGUUUCGGGGGGUUCACCAGGGCAGCAGAGAGCCUAGGGCAGGAGGGUUCCAGGGAGGGUUUGGUAGGAGGCCAGCAGGCAGAGAGUAGGGCUGUGCAGGGAGAGCGAGGCGGUGCCAUCUGUGGCCCCUUUGUGCCAUGGCAGGGUCAGGCCAUGGCUCUGGUGGCCCCCCACUGUCAUCUCAUUACCGGUACCUGGACCUGCUCUUCGCCCUGCUGGGCGCUGCUGCUUUCUUGGCAGACCUGCUCGCUGAUCUGUGGGUGGCCUCCAGUUACAUGCAGGCUGGGCACUGUUUGUGGGGGGGGCUGGUGCUGGCACUGCUGUGCCUCUCCUCCCUGGUCAUGCAGUUCUUCAGCUGGGCCUGGUACCAGACGGACGACAUCGAGCAGGACCUUCCGAGUGGCUGCUGCUUGGCUCUGGUGCACCUCCUCCAGCUGGGCUAUCUCUACAGGUGUUUCCGAAUGCUGAGAGUGGGCUGGCGCGUAUGCAGGGCAGAGACUGCACCACAGCAGGAGCAAGGCUACGCUGUCUUCCUGUCCCAUGACAUCAGCAUGCUGCGCCUCUUUGAGACCUUCCUGGAGAGCACCCCUCAGCUCACACUUGCUCUCUCCAUUGUUCUGCAUACAAACAAGGUGGAGCUUUUCCAGGGGCUUGGGAUUUGCACUGCCUUCCUAUGCGUGGCAUGGUCACUACUAGAUUAUCACCAGUCCCUCCGCUGCUUCCUGUUGGACAAGCAUGAGCUGGGCCUGCUCUCCUCCACCAUCUACUUCCUGUGGAACUUCCUCCUCAUCUGCCCCCGUGUCCUGGCAGUCGCGCUCUUCGCCACACUCUUCCCAUGCUACAUCGGCCUGCACUUCCUGGGCAUCUGGGCUGCCAUGCUCCUCUGGGUCUGGCUGCAGGGCACUGCCUUCAUGGAGUGCCCCAGGUGGGAAUGGCUCUACAGGGCAACGGUGGCCGUGAUUCUAUAUUUCUGCUGGUUCAAUGUGGCCAAGGGGCAGACGCGGCAGCGCAGUGCAAUCUAUCAUGGCUUCAUCCUGGUGGACAGCGUGCUCCUCGCUGGCUCCUGGCUCUGGUACAAUGCCCCUCUGCGUGAGCGCUCCUAUCUGCCUCCUGUGCUUCUUGCUGCCCUGGUCUGCUCUGUGCUCGGGCUGCUGCUGAGAAUCACCUACUACAAGUGGCUCCACCCCACGCUGCAGACCCGCUGCCAGGCGAGCUAUGAUGAAGUAGACACUGCAGAAGGACUAGCUGGUUUCCGAGCCGGCCCAGUGCCAGCCCCUGUGAACAAACGGAUGUACCAGCUGUCCCAGAACCACUUCUUGGUCUCUUUGCAGGCUGGGCGAAACUGGGGGAAUGGUGUCCUAGAUGACAUGUCUCUCUGAGCACAGCUGUCCCUGCUCCAGGCAGAGGGAAUUACACCUCAGGGAUUUGUGCUGGGGGAUCCCAUUCCAGACCUGGCCCCAGCAUUCCCAGGGACUGAGCAAACCUCCGGAAUGGGCAGCUGUCGCAGGGAGAGGAGACUGGAGAGAGCUGGGCGGGCCGAGAGCCCUGGCACUUAGGUUCCAACAGCUGGCAUCCAGCACGGGUAGCUGUGAAGCCUGUUCUGGGCUGGCACUAGUCCAAUGGGAGUGUCAUGGGAGAAACCCGCUAUAAGAGUGCUGGAUGCUGAGUGGGCUCAGCAGCAUGUUAACCCUUUAUUGUUAGGCCCCUGCCCCGGGUUCUGCUCCACUGCAGUGAACUCACUUUUUUCCUGCUGGUUGCGGUUGCUCCCGACUUCUUCUCUGCACAUUGCCCUGUUUAGCCCCAUCCCCAUUUCCCUGCCGGGCUCUCCCCUGCUUUGUUUCAUUUCAGCAAAGUUCAAUGGGAAACCGUGUGCUCUGUUCUUGGCAGGACCUGCCAGAUUGUCCAUUUGUCUGGGAUUUCCCUGCACUUGUAAUUUCGAAGCUUCCCUGUAGUAGUGGGUAACCCAUGGCACUGCAUUGGGCAAGGCUUGGAGCCUCUAGGGCUGGCUUGGUCACUGGGGGGAGCAUCAGUUUGCUGAUGUUUAUAAAGGGAAGGGUGUCAAUACAUGGUGGUAUAAUACUGUAACGCGGUAUUGUGCCUUAGACAGAGACGCAGGAGGGAACAGCAGAGUGUUCUUGUUGUAGAGACAGGGUGUGUGUGGGGGGGUAGGCAUGUGGAGAAUUCAGGGGGGUGGAGGGGAAGUGAAUGGUGU